AUGCCAUCACAUCCCAACACAAACACGUCGCACGCCAACCCUAACACGCAUCCAGACAAUGCCAAUGUCCAUGCCCCUGCAGAGCGUGUGAUUCUCGACCUUACAAUUGCCACGAACCAUGAUCGUGAAUCGGUGGCCAGGGCCCUUCAUCAAGCAUUCAACGACGUAAUAGCCGCGUUGACCAUUCAUCAUACCCUCAGCACACCUCACGAUUUCUUUAUAUGCGUUGAGUACCAACGCCGCGGGCCACCACACAUGUUUCCGGUCCCAAUCGAUUGCCUUGUGCCAUACUUUAGACCACCGCCUGAAUACGUACUGCAUCAUUGUUCCCUCACAUUGUCUGUUAGUCUUUGUAAUCCAGCUGCAAUUCAGCAUUUUUGCUACGUAAAACCUUUACUUGAUGCUUUAAGCCGAGCUUUGCUCCAAUACUCCGAGCCAUAG